AUGACGACCCAAAUCCCCUCAAUCUACAAGGCCGUGUUUCUGUACUGGGACCCUCCCUGCGCCCUAUGGGGUGCCUUCAUGUCCUACUUCACUCGCGGGUGGAUGCUCGACCAGUUCUUCCUCGAAAGCCACGCCGGGACGCGCGAUGCCGCCCAUGAUAUGCUUCUCUACCAAGGAGGCGGCGCACUGGUCGGCUGCGCGAUAUUGAAUGGGCUGCUGCUGCGAUACACACAGGACAUCGGCGUCUGGAAGUUUGCGCAGGCGGCUAUCCUGGCCAUUGACUUGUCUCUUUUGGCGGGUAUGGUCGAGGUGUUUGGAUACCAAGGUCGGCUUUCACCUACGUCGUGGCAGGCCGGGGAUUGGGUGGGAAUCAUCAUCACUGUUGGGGUCACGGUUGCUAGGGUGUCGUUCCUGGCUGGGCUAGGCUUCAAGGAAAAGACGAGGACUGCAUGA